AGUUCAUAAAUCAAAUUAAGUUUUCUUGUUUUGUUUUAAUAACGAAAUGGCAUAUUUGCAAGAAAUACGUGAGAAACAAAGAGCUCAUGGCCUUGCCACCAUAUUAGCCAUUGGUACUGCAACUCCACCCAACUGCAUUUACCAAUCUGACUUUCCCGAUUAUUAUUUCCGAGUCACCAAGAGCGAGCACAUGACUGAGCUCAAGGCCAAGAUGAGGAAAAUAUGUGAGAAGUCGAUGAUAAAUAAACGUCACAUGCAUUUGACAGAAAAAAUGCUAGAAGAAAACCCCACCCUUGGCACUUUAAAGGAACCAUCCCUAAAUGUUCGCCACGACAUACUAGUUGAGGAGAUUCCCAAGCUUGGUGCAAAGGCAGCGUCAAAAGCCAUCAAGGAAUGGGGUAGACCUAAGUCAGAUAUCACUCAUCUCAUAUUUUGCUCCACCGGAGGUGUAGACAUGCCUGGUGCCGACUACCAACUUGUGAAGCUCUUAGGCCUCAAUCCAUUCAUCAAAAGGUUCAUGUUUUACCAACAAGGUUGCUUUGCUGGUGGCACUGCCCUUCGUCUCGCUAAAGACCUUGCGGAGAACAAUAUUGGAGCACGUGUUCUCGUCGUAUGUUCUGAGAUUACAGUAUCCAUAUUUCGUGGACCCUCCGAAACACAGUUGGACAUGAUAGUUGCACUAUCUCUCUUUGGUGAUGGUGCUUCAUCCGUGAUCGUUGGAUCUGACCCUGACAUAACCAUUGAACGACCACUAUAUCACCUUGUCUCAGCGGCACAGACAAUUCUACCCAACUCUGAGGGUGCAGUUGAGGGACACUUGCGUGAGCAUGGACUCACCGUCAAUCUUCACGGAAAUCUUCCUCAUUGGAUUCGAGACAACAUAGAGAAAACCCUUGAAGAAGCUUUUCACCCACUUGGGAUCAGAGACUGGAACUCGUUGUUCUGGGUAACACACCCUGGUGGCGCUGCAAUCUUUAAGCUGGUAGAGGAAAGACUUGGGUUGAAGGCUGAUAAACUGAGAGCAGCUAAAAAAGUUCUAAGUGAGUACGGGAACAUGUCGAGUGUAUGUGUCCUAUUUAUAUUGGAUGAGAUGAGAAGGUGGUCUAUCAAGGAAGGGAAAUCCACCACUGGUGAAGGACUGAAGUGGGGUGUUUUACAUGGGUUUGGCCCUGGCUUGACAGUGGAGACCGUUGUGUUGCAUAGUGCCACCAUCGACCCAAGCCAUUAGUUUCCAUAAUAGUAUGAAGCUAUAUUAUUGAAAAAUACAAUAUUUUAAUAUAAUGAAUAAUUGGUCAAUAGACCAAAUGAUUGAAAGAUAUUAUUGAUCGUUUGUUGUUGCUUUUUUUUGUUUAAGAUCAAUAAUAUUACGGAGUUACUAUUU